AUGGAAAUUGCCAGAAAGGAAGGCUGGCGAAACACCUGGCUAGAAACCUUCAAGCCAACACAUGACCACCUUCCGGAUUCCAGAAAUUGGCAAUUCGAUUUAGGUGCCAACUAUCCAGGUGGUCCAUAUAGAUGGGGUAACAACGAGUUCCAAAAUUACACCAACUCAACGGAUAACAUCCGCAUUACUGAGGAUAAUACUUUGCUUAUUACGCCGCUUGGAAAGGGUACUGAUGUUGGGGGUUGGACGAGUGCAAGAAUCGAGACGAAGAGGGCAGAUUUUAAGGCGGCGGAAGGGGGAAAGUUAUGGGUUGAGGCGAAGGUCAAAUUGAGGAAACCAGAAAGGGGCACGGCGCAGGGGAUUUGGCCGGCAUUUUGGGCUUUGGGUUCGUGUUCUUGUUUCCUUCUUAGUUCUCUUGAGGAAACUCUGUCACGACACUCACUUGGACAAUAUAACUAACAUCCCACUUAGGCGAAAACUUCCGUCCAAGCAACACUUACUGGCCCAUGGCUUCAGAGUGGGAUAUCAUGGAAGUGCUUAAUGGCGAGGAUGUAUAUUACUCUACUCUUCAUUGCGGAACCGCGCCCAACGGACCUUGUAGGGAGUAUGAUGGCAUCGGCAACGCUGCUGCAGGAGGAACCCCCUUUGAAAGAGAGAAAUGGCAUCAAGUCGCCUUCAUGGUCGACAGAGAUGUUAGGAAGCCCCACUGGACUAAGAGUAGUAACCACACCAGGAAUGGUAACGAAACAGAAGAAGCAUGGAAAAGCGAAACUAUAAGCUGGUGGCUCGAUGGCGGGAACGUGUUUGAAGUCGCAGGAAGAGAAGUCGGGGAUUUCGAGUCCUGGAAGGAGGUUGCUCAUCUGGGACAUUUCUUCCUGCUCAACGUUGCUGUUGGGGGGAAUGUAAGUUUAUUCCCUUCUCUCUUUACUCCCUUUACUGCUUUGGGAACCUUUGGGCGUGUUUGAGCUAACGGUUUGACUAGUGGCCGGGUCCACCAAACAAUAAUACUUUGGGAGGAGAGGUAGCGUCUUUCGAAAUUGAUUACGUAGGAGUUUGGAACUCAAUGUAG